AUGAACGCCAUCCGCGUCCACCCAGCCACCCCUCCAGCUCCCUCCUUCUCUCCCACAAACCCUGCCCCCUCCUCCGCCCUCCACCUCGACCACUUGCCCAUCCCGUCUCCCCAAGCCCCAGACGAGAUCCUCAUCCGUGUCCAUGCAUCUACCAUAAUCCGCGACACUCUGACCUGGCCCGAGAUCUAUGCUCACCCCUAUACCAUCCCGGGCCAUGACUUCGCCGGCACCGUCGCUGCGACCUUCCCCGGCGCAAACUCGCCGUUCGCCCCCGGCGACGAGGUCUUCGGCAUGGCGCACGCAGACCGUGGCUCCACAUGGGCUGAGUACACAGUCAUCCGGAUCAACGAGGUCGCACGGAAACCGCGCACGCUGAAUUGGGCGGCGGCCGCGGCGCUGCCGCUCAGCGCGCAGACAGCACUCGAGGCACUUGAGCACGCUGGCGUGGAGGGACUGGGCACGGAGGCCCCAAGCGGCGCGGCGCCCGGGGCGCGGCGGGUGUUGAUUACGGGGGCGGUGGGGGGCGUCGGGAUAUAUUUGGUGCAGUUGGCGGCGGCGGCAGGGCUACGGGUUGUUGCGGCGACGAGCUCGAAUACGCGGAACGAGGAAUUCUUGCGUGGGCUUGGGGCAGACGAGGUGGUUGAGUAUGCGGCAUUGGAGAAUGAUAAGGCGCAAUUUGAUAUCGUGGUGGAUACGGUGGGUGGAGAGGUAUUGGCUGGAUGCUGGGGAGUGGUUCGGGAGCGGGGGUCGCUGAUCUCGGUGGAUUCGGCCAGCUUUGAUUUUGUGGAGGAACAUAAGAGGCGGGGAAUAUGGAGGGAUGAUAUCAAGGCUUUGUUUUUUAUUGUCAAGGGGAGUGCCAGAGUGUUGCAAGCAUUGGCGGAUCUGGUUGAUCGGGGUGCCUUGAAGUCGUUUGUGGCGGGCAGUUAUCCCCUAGCGCAAGCCCAAGAGGCGUAUGAUUAUGCCAGUGGGAGGUAUACGGGUCGGGGGAAGAUUGUACUAACGGUGUGA